AUGGAUUCAACUGUUCACAUAAACAUUACCAAAUUCAAUUUAUGCAGAAACAAAACACUGGAAGAAUGUGCAGAUAUAAUUACUUCUAUCUGCAACAAUUUCACAUAUUUUCAAACCAAUGAUUCGUUUUUCCAAAUAUGUAAUGGAGACUAUAUGCUUCCAGAACACGAUCAACUAAAAUGCUAUACACCUCUUAUUGUGAUAGCUUCCAUCGCAUUGAUAUUAAACAUUGGUGAACUGACUUGGUUAAAAUGUCGAACCAGGAAAUGUAAAAUGUCUGAAUAUUUGAUCUUAAGCUUGUGUAUUACGGAUACGCUUUAUAGUUUGUUGAUCAUCGUUACAGUUAUUGUAGAUCUGCAUGCAAGCGAGAAAUAUAGUAUGGUCAUAACUAUGGUAGCUGAGCAAUUGCAACGAUUUUCAAUUUUUAGCUCAAUCUUUCACGUUGUUGGCAUCUCGCUAGAAAGAGUUUUUGCUGUCAGUUAUUUUAUGGAGUACAAAGUUUUUAUGGAAAAAGGAAAAAUGAAAAUAUGUUUAUGUGUUUUGUGGGUUACAGCAAUUGUACUUCAAGGAACGAUUAGCAUCUUCCAGUACCACAACGGGAUCGCGUAUGGUCUUUCCGAGGCGUUUUAUGAUAGUCAUAAAGUCUCAGCAGCAAUAAUUUUCCUUGCUGGAAUAAUAAUCUGUUUGCUAAAUCUAUUCCUUGUGUGGAAAGUGAGAAAGCAUUCUUUAUCACUGCGAAGAGGGUCCGUAAGCAAACCUAAUUCGUUUGUAAGGAGACGGAGCAGACAAGAGAUGAUGGCUUUUUUUACGUGCCUGUUGGUGUCACUGGGUUUUAUAGUGUUCAAUAUGCCAUUAGCGGUGGCUAUUGUUGCCUUUAGAAACCCCUCAGAAGAGCUUGCCUGUGUUACACAGUAUCUGUUGAUGGGGAAUUCCGUGUUUAAUCCAUUAAUAUAUUACUGGAAAGGCUAUUCGUUGCGAUGGAAACGUAGGCGAGGCUCAAGAACAAAUACAUCUUCUACUGAAGCUGCUGGAACAAUGACAAUGGAUAACCUUCCGAGAUUCCAAUUCAAACGCAACAUCGAACAAUAA